AAGUGGUUUCAAGACACAAGCAGCUAACCCCAAGUCCCCAAUCCCAUAGGACCUCCUUCAAUAAUCCAAGGCUACAAUCACUCAAUAAAUCUACAAAGAGCAACACCUGAAUGCUCACAUCUACCAGUCUACCACCACUCAUCACCUCCUCUGCCGAGUUCUUCAUCCCCUCCAAUCUCUCUCCUCUCCAAUGGCGCGCGCCAUGACCCGCGCCAUCCCAUUUUCCCUAAAACCCACCUUCUCAAAACCCCGCUUUCUCACUUUUACACCACCCCAUUUCAGAGCUAAUCCUUCCCUAAAAUCUUCACCCAUUUCUGGGUUAUUAUGGGUAGGAAAUGAAUUUAGCAAUGGCGGAGGAUGGAGGGCUUUGAGAAGUCCUGGAAUGAGUGUUUACUGCGGCGGCAUCGGCGGCAGCGGUGUUGGUUUUGGGGGUGGGGAAAGAGGGUAUAGGAAGGUUAGGAGGAAGGUUGUGAAGAGUAAGAAGAAAGCUAAGGAGUUGGAGCUUAGUGUUAAGAUUCUUAUUGAGGAGGGUUUGCCCAAUGACCCUGAAGUUUUGAGUAUUUCUGAAAUGCUCAGGCUAAAUGCUCCGAUGGCAAUGAAGUUGGCAUUAGAUGGACUGAACAAUUCAGAUUACAAAACCAGAGAUACAACAAUAGAUGAUGUUGCUGGAUAUGAAACCAUUGAGCUGUCUUUACUUCUAUGCAAUGAUGAGUUCAUUCGAGAACUUAAUAAAGAUUGGAGGGAUGAAGACCAUGCCACUGAUGUUCUAUCAAUGUCCCAACAUAUUCCAGAACUUAAGCUACCUAUUCUUAUGUUAGGUGAUAUUGUGAUUUCUGUCGAGACAGCUGCUAGGCAAGCAGAAGAACGUGGCCAUACACUACUUGAUGAGAUACGCAUUCUUCUGGUUCAUGGCCUACUGCAUCUUUUGGGUUUUGAUCAUGAACUAAGUGAAGAAGCAGAGGCGGAAAUGGAAAAGGAGGAAGAACUACUUUUAAAAAAUCUUGGCUGGGAAGGCAAAGGGUUAAUAAAGAGUGCAUGUGAUGCAGAAAAUAAUGGGAGUCUUCAAGUUAAAGAUUCUGAUGACAGGAAGAAAGAAGGAAGUCUUCGAUUCUAUAGACCAAAGUUCAAAUAUAUUUUCUGUGACAUGGAUGGCACUCUGCUGAAUAGCAAGAGUCAAAUUUCUUCAGCAAAUGCAAAUGCUGUCAGGGAGGCAUUGUCAAGGGGUGUUCAAGUAGUCAUUGCCACUGGAAAAGCUCGUCCUGGUGCCAUAGACGUAUUGAAGACUGCUGAUUUGGUUGGAAGAGAUGGCAUUGUCUCUGAAUCAUCACCAGGUGUUUUCUUACAGGGAUUGCUUGUUUAUGGAAUACAAGGCCGUGAAAUUUUUAGAAGGAAUUUGGACCCAGACUUCUGCAGGGAGGCCUUCUCCUACUCUUGGGAGCACCAAAUCCCUCUUGUUGCAUUCUGUGGCGAUCGUUGCUUAACAUUGUUUGAUCACCCACUUGUAGACUCGCUCCAUAGUGUAUACCGUGAGCCAAAGGCGGAGACUAUGGCUUCAGUUGAUCAACUAUUGGCUGCUGCCGAAGUACAGAAACUGGUGUUUUUAGACACUGCUGAGAGAGUGGAGACUGCUAUAAGGCCAUAUUGGUCAGAAGCAGCCGGAAAUCAUGCUAGUGUUGUACAAGCUAUUCCAGACAUGCUUGAAAUUGUUCCCCAUGGGACUUCAAAAGGAAAUGGUGUGAAAUGGCUGCUUCAACAUCUGGGAGUGUCAGCGGAAGAGAUUAUGGCGAUUGGUGAUGGGGAAAAUGACAUUGAAAUGCUCAAGUUGGCUAAACUUGGAAUAGCUCUAAGUAAUGGAGCAGAGAAGACAAAAGCCGUUGCUGAUGUGAUUGGUCUUAGCAAUGAUGAACAUGGAGUUGCUGAUGCUAUCUAUCGUUAUGCAUUUUGAACUUGAUGAAGAACAUAAGAAUGAUGGCGUUACUAGCCAUAACUUUCUAUCCUUCACAUUCCCAUUUCUAUGUUUCCUUCAUAAUAUCGUUGUAUUCAUUCUUUGAUUCCAACAAAGAAUAGUCCAAUAUACCUGUUGCUAGGGUAACAGAAAUACAUAUACUGAUAUACAUAAUUUCAUUGAUUUAGGAUGCCAAAGUUUUGUAAUGUAACACUUGAUAAAUUUUUUUUUGGCAACGUCAUCUUGAAAUGAAUACAUUUUUCCCCAUGAAUUUUAUCUGGCAGUUGCUCGUUGCAUUAUAAAUG